AUGAUAUCUAGUCUAAGGAAAUAUUCUACAUCGACUCUCAAUGAUGUCUUUAAAUCGUCAAUGUCUCGAAUAUCAUGUCAAGCCAUGAUUCUCACCGCUGGACAAGCUAAGGUGCAAGCUGGCUCUUCACACACUACAUCCUUACAUGGUAUGACUUUAUCGUCAACUUGUUCGCUAUCUGUAUACCCCACUCCUCUAUUGCAAUUUAAUCUUCAUCUUCCCUCAUAUACGUCGCAAACCUUGCAUGACCUGAAACAUUUGGCAUUACACUUGCUCCCACCUAACCACAAUACCGCGAAUUUGGCAAGGCUAUUUGCUAAUGGUAUCAAGGCACCUCCCGCCAAAGAUGAUGGGGACAUAUUUCACGAGAAAACUACCCCCUUUGAUACUCUAGAGCAUGGUAAAGACUGGAAAUUCCAUACCGUAGCCGUGGAUGACUUGAAGUUUGACAUCCCAAUACUAACUGCUGCAGAGGAAGUGUUUAUAUGUAAAAAGCGCCUGGUUUUUGAAAUAGAUCUGCAUGAAAUUUGGGUAGUUGAAGUACUAGAAAUUUUGUCGACUCCUAAUGAUGAACCUACAGGAGGAUUAUUGUAUUUCAAUAGGAACUUCCAUAAGAUCGGAGGAACUUUAAGACUAGAUUAG